UUCGUGAGGCUGUAGUGCUGGUGUUGGAGGCUGGAGGCGGUGUUUUAUUGUAUGAAAUCAGUUUGGGAUCAGUUCAGUCAUGGCGUCUGGGAAGACGGUGGACUGCAGCGCCUCCCGCAAAUAACCGCAAACGAGCCGACUUACCGCGACUCCCGCCGCUGCUCUGCGCGUUACUUCCGCGGAAUAUCAUUCAACAACAUAGUUACAGAGCUAUCCAGACCCACGGAGUGUUCAUUCAGCAGUACAGGUAGGUUUGCAGCAGUAUGGUGGAGCCAGAAGAGCGGCCCUCAGUGGCGGGCCAGAGGCUUGGGGCCCCUGAGAGCAUGGGCAUCAGUACGCUGGAGCCUGGUCAGCGGCCCCCCACCAUGCCCCCCGGCAGACAGGUCUCCAUCCGGGUCCAGAUGCUGGAUGACACUCAGGAAGUCUUUGAGGUCUCGCAACGGGCUCCAGGGAAGGUGCUGUUUGACCUGGUUUGUGCUCACCUGAACCUCAUCGAGGGCGAUUACUUCGGUCUGGAGUUUCAGGACCAGCGUAAAAUGACCGUCUGGCUGGAUCUGCUGAAGCCGACUCUAAAGCAGAUCAGACGACCCAAGAACACCAUCCUGCGCUUCGUGGUGAAGUUCUUUCCUCCUGAUCACUCGCAGCUGCUAGAGGAGCUGACCAGGUAUCUUUUCGCCUUGCAGAUCAAGCAUGACCUGGCCUGUGGACGUUUGACCUGCAAUGAAAGCAGCGCCGCCCUGCUGGUGUCUCAUAUAGUGCAAUCUGAGAUUGGAGACUUUGACGAGGUGCAGUGCAAACAACAUCUGCUCAACAACAAGUACAUUCCCGAGCAGGACGCACUGAUGGACAAGAUCAUUGAAUACCAUCGGAAACACGUCGGGCAAACACCAGCUGAAUCGGACUACCAACUUUUGGAGAUCGCACGGAGACUUGAGAUGUACGGAGUGCGUCUUUACCCGGCAAAAGAUCGUGAGGGUACGAAGCUCAGCCUCGCCGUGGCCCAUUCUGGUGUGCUAGUCUUUCAGGGACACACCAAAAUAAAUGCUUUCAACUGGUCUAAAGUCCGCAAGCUGAGCUUCAAAAGGAAGCGCUUUCUCAUAAAACUACGACCUGACUUAAAUCAAAGUAACUGUCAGGAUACUCUGGAGUUUAUGAUGGGAAGCAGGGACUGCUGCAAGGUGUUUUGGAAGAUUUGUGUGGAGUAUCAUGCCUUUUUCCGCCUGUUCGAAGAACCCAAACCCAAGCCCAAACCGGUUUUGUUCACCAGGGGUUCUUCUUUCAGGUUCAGUGGCCGCACACAAAGGCAGGUGAUUGAUUAUGUAAAGGACUCAGAAUUCAAAAAGGUUCCUUUUGAAAGAAAACACAGUAAAAUCCAGUCUAACAGCGGCCUUUCUCCAUUCCCACCCAGGCUGUGUGUCGAGGGUCAAGGAGAGAGUAAUGCCAGUGCUUCAGGACACCAGGCGGACUCACCUGUUGGGCGCACCCAAGUGACUGUUGAAAACCCGGCUCUCCAGCAUUACACUGGGAGCCUAACCUCACAGACCAACGGAUGCCGAAACGGGACCCACGAUGAGGCGGAUGCUCGAUUAAAGCCAUCCCCAUCCAAGCAGCAGGCCGAGCAUCUGAGCACAGGUCUAGCAUCGCAUGCUGCCAAGGGUCCAGUUUCCAGGAGCCCUCAGCACAGCGAGUCUCCGUCUGCAGGCCAGGUGAUGGUGAAUGGCCAGAAACAGAGUCUCAGCCUGGGCCAAAGUCCAGACAGACGGCAGCCUUCGCCUCUCACCAGCCCCUUACUGACGGACGCUGGUUUCGUCCGCACAGACGACGAGGACGAGGUUCGGAGGAAGAGGUUCCCGACUGAUAAAGCGUACUUCAUCGCCAAAGAGCUCCUGACCACAGAGAGGACGUAUCUGAAGGAUCUGGAGGUCAUUACCGUGUCCUUUCAGAAGUCUGUAGGGAAGGACGAGGCCAUGCCGGACUCCUUGAGGAAUCUAAUAUUUGCCAAUUUUGAACCAGUGUAUAAAUUCCACGAGACGUUCCUGAAUGACGUGGAGCAGCGUCUGGCUCAGUGGGAAGGUAGAUCUAACGCACACAUCAAAGGAGACUACCAGCGCGUUGGAGAUGUCAUGCUGAAGAACAUCCAGGGUUUGAAGCUGCUCACGGCUCAUCUUCAGAAGCAUUCGGAGGCGCUGCUGGAGCUGGAGCGGACGUGUCGCUCGUCCCGGAGGCUGGAGGGUCUGUGUCGAGACUUCGAGCUGCAGAAGGUGUGUUACCUGCCGCUCAACAUCUUCUUCCUGCGGCCGCUGCAUCGCCUCAUGCACUACAAACAGAUCCUGGAGCGCCUGUGCAAACACUAUCCACCAACACACGACGACUUCAGAGACUCGCGAGCUGCGCUCGCGGAUAUUUCUGAGAUGGUCGUGCAGCUUCACGGCACCCUCAUCAAGAUGGAGAACUUCCAGAAGCUUCUCGAGCUCAAGAAAGACCUCACUGGCGUCGAGGAUCUCGCCAUUCCUGGACGGGAGUUUAUCAGGCUUGGUUGUCUCAGCAAACUCUCUGGAAAAGGUCUACAGCAGAGAAUGUUCUUCCUGUUCAAUGAUGUUCUGAUGUACACGAGUCGAGGGAUGACAGCCUCCAAUCAGUUCAAAGUGAACGGCCAGCUUCCUCUGUACGGCAUGACGAUCCGUGAGAGCGAGGACGAGUGGGGCGUCCCACAUUCCUUCACUCUGUUUGGACAGAGACAGUCCGUCGUCGUGGCCGCCAGCUCAGCGUCUGAGAUGGAGAAGUGGGUGGAGGACAUCAAGAUGGCCAUUGAACUGGCGGACAAAUGCAACGGCUCCUCGGCUGAGAUCCUGUCCAGCAGUUUCACGGACAGCAAAUCCCCUGAGGAAUCUAGCGCCGACCAGGAGUCAGAAGACGACCUGAGCGCCUCGCGGACGUCUCUGGAGCGGCAGACGCCUCACCGUGGUAACACCACGGUUCACGUGUGCUGGCAUCGCAACACCAGCGUGUCCAUGGUGGAUUUUAGCGUAGCUUUAGAGAAUCAGCUCUCUGGGAAUCUUCUGAGAAAGUUCAAAAACAGCAACGGCUGGCAGAAGUUAUGGGUGGUCUUCACCAACUUCAGCCUGUUCUUCUACAAAACCCACCAGGAUGAGUUUCCUCUGGCCAGUCUUCCUCUGCUGGGAUACUCCAUCACCGUUCCCUCAGAGUCCGAGAACAUCCACAAAGACUACGUCUUCAAGCUUCAUUUCAAAUCACACGUCUACUAUUUCAGAUCUGAGAGCGAGUACAGCUUUGAGAGGUGGAUGGAGGUGAUCCGCAGCGCCACCUGCUCAUCCAGUCACAUCCGCUCUCUGAGCCGCAAAGAGCCACACGUCUACUGACCAAAGACUGUUCUCAAUCAGGUCCUCUCUACACACUUUAACACGGUUCUUAUGGAAGUUUUUCGUGUGCUAUAUCCUUGUUUCACUUUAUUGUGAAGGCUUUGAAGGGUUGAGAUGGAGGUCAGUGCCAAACACUUCCAGAUCUACAGUUCCUUUCAGUGUGCAAAGACACAGUCCUCGUUCAUCAAACUCAAGAGCUCAUUCCUGUAAAUCGUGCAUAACAUUUACAAGAAAGCUUUCAGGAAUGGUUUAUUGACUUGAAUGCAGUGGUUAUGUUGAAUGCGAUGAUUUGUUCUUAUGAA